GUCAUUGCCUGCGGGCAGGUGCACGUCAAUCAUUAACGCUUAAGACAAGGUACACUUCCAAAAUCCUCAAUAACGAUCCAACCCCCGUGUUUGAAGAGCCAUGCAAGCAAGUUUCAAAGAAAUUGUUUUAGCCGUCAUAUUUUGUUCCUUGUGUGUAAGCGUGGAAUGCGUAUUUGUUGAAACCACACACGGGUGGAUCCAAGGGAAUGUGACUCGGGAUGCUAUUGUAUUCCUUGGAGUUCCGUUUGCACAGCCUCCUAAACGAUGGGAGGAUCCCAAGGUUCCCGCUCGCUGGAACUUUAUAUGGGACGCACGACGCGUGCGCCCAAUGUGUCUACAGCCGCAGACGCCAUGCGGCACCAAGCAGUCGAUCGGCUUAUGUUUACCACAGAUGUCUGAAGAUUGUCUGUACCUGAAUGUGUAUAUGCCCCUAAACACGUCCCCUCGGAGUGGUAAAGCGGUCAUGGUAUUCCUACACGGCGGCGGGUUCGAGUCUUAUACAGCUGGCGCAGACAUCUACAACUCGGAGAUUUUUGCGAGAAAGGGUGAUGUCAUAGUUGUAACGGUGAAUUAUAGACUAGGGGCUCUGGGGUUUUUAGUCACUGGAACUGGCUCAAAUUCAGCUACCGGAAAUUACGGAAUCAAAGACCAGCGUUUGGCCUUGGAGUGGGUGAAUAAGAAUAUUGAAAAAUUCGGAGGAAAUCCUAAAAACGUUACGUUGUUUGGACAAAGUGCUGGCGCCUUAUCAGCACUUAUUCAUUUGUCAUCCCGAAAGGCAGACAGCCUGUACCAAAGGGCCAUCAUCCAGAGUGGUCCAUUCAGCAUUCCAUUCAAAUCUUUCCGACAAGCAUACUCUCAAGGAGUUGAGUUCAGUCGCAAUCUCAACUGCCCUCCCGGAGACAUUGUUUGCAUGCGCUCCAGAUCACCGAGGGAGAUUCUCGAUGCUCAGGCCUCAACAAGAUCCUUCGGCAAUGUGCUUCAGCAGUUUAUGCCAUGGUCGCCAUAUCAUGACGGUGAUGAAGUACCAGUAAGUCCCCUGAAAGCGAUCGAAAAAGGGCUAAUAGCAAAUAAAUCGCUAAUUAUUGGAACAACCGCUGAUGAAGGACUAACGUACGUGUACAAUAUGUUCCCGACACCCCUUAAUAUGAUGACCUACUCGGGUCUCCUUUUGAUGAUCAAUCAGAACGAGGCUUUCACUUGGCUCUCGAGAUAUUCUCCAAAGAAUCCGCGAGAUUCUCGUGCAGCUUUGUCUUCUCUCGCCACGGACUACCUCUUCACUUGCCCUACGAGACAGAUCGCGUCUGACUUGGCCCUUUCAAAUCACAAUCUCUGGUUGUAUGUGUUCGAUCAAGGAAUGUCUUUUUUGAAUGGUACUGGCAUUCUGAACAACUGUCAAAACAAUGCAUGCCAUGGAGCAGAUAUCCCGUAUUUGUUUCAAAACGUGCGCAAAGUGUUUCCUCUGAAACCAGAAGAAAUGAGUUUGGAAAACGACCUCCUUGUGUAUUGGACAAACUUUGCCAAACAUGGAAAUCCAAAUGGUGUCGGCACCAACAGUUCAGUUGCUGUGUGGCCCCAGUACCAUAUUACGUCAUCAAGUCCAAACAGGCCUAGGGCAGUGAUGCGCCUCCAAGCGCCAACGCCAAAUGCAAUAACAGAUUACAUGGGACGUUCUUGUGAUAAAUUCAAAAGAAGCGAUUUUAAAAUAUAGUUCCCUUUUGCCUUACACUUUUGAUUGAUUCUUAAUUUAAAAUCGUAUUUGGAACAUGAGCGAAAUAUUUUUUACAGAAACAAUUCGUUUUUGCCAUUUAAGGUUUGUUCUGUUCAAUAGAGAUCGACUUGUGCCAUAAGACAAAUUUGAAAUUACACGGGUCUGUUAUAGUGUUUAUAUAUUGAAUUUCUAAUGAAUUUUUGAUGAGGAAAUAUUCUCUGGUAUGUACUAGUAUUUUUGUAGUACUAUACGAGCAUAUGUAAAUGAUUACGAAUGUUCAAGACUCCAUUUCAAGUCUCAACAUCACCCAACUUGUUUUCUCUACUCAAGACCUGUUGAGUGUGUAUCUUUAACUUACACAAUUUCGGACAUAGAGCUCCAAAUUGUACUCAUGUCAUGACAUGUACUGAAAUCGUUGUAUACAUUGUUAAAUAUUUUCCUGUCAUUCACAUAUUAA